CAAAGAUUAUGUAUGCUUCGAUAUGAGAUGAAAAUAGCUUCUGGAGCUCCAGAGAGCUCCUGUUCCUCAAGAUUUUAUUGCAACCAAGGUAAAGGGAUUUUCUGCAAACCUUCUGUCAUGAUCUAGAAGUGUCUGCUGUGAGCAAUUUUCAUCUCCCCCCGCAUCUGGGUGUGAUGCUAGUACCAUUUUCUCAUGUCAACCAACUGAUACGUCUUAGAAGUCAAUAAGAACGUAGAGUAAUUAAGUGGAAACCUCCACCACAUAUCCGUUCGAAAAUGGAGAUCACAGUACCUCCCAAUUUCAACUUGUCCCUCCUGGCCAGCACACUCCUCAUCCUCAUCGUGAUCUACAAAUACAUACUCACCCCCCUCUUCCUCUCCCCACUCUCGAGAAUCCCCUCCGCGCAUCCGUCAUGUCACAUAUUCCCAGUAUGGAUAAACUACAUUCGCUUCUUCAACAUCGAGAACGGGACUCUCUUCCGAUUACAUCAACAAAAGGGGCCGAUUUUACGAAUUGGUCCUAAUGAGCUGAGUAUCAAUUGUUAUGAGGGGGGGAUAAAGACGAUCUUUGGUGGUGGAUAUGAGAAGACUUCGUAUUAUCCGAGGAGGUUUGCGGCUUAUAAUGGGUUAGUUUUCAGUUCGCUUCCCUCCCCGUCCUCCCUCUUUCCCUAAUUUAAAAAAAAGCGAAGAAAGAAAAGGAAGAUAAUAAUUCCUCCCGGAAAUUCAUAGAACCAAAAAUAUGUUCACAACCCAAGAAACCCACCCCCACUCCAUCCGCAAAAGAAUGCUCUCAAACAUCUACUCCAAAUCACACAUCCUCACCUCCCCUACCAUCCAAACCAACACCCUCUCCAUCCUCCACACCCGCUUCCUCCCUCUUCUCCACCAAAGCGCCGAUACCCAAAUGCCCCUCGAGGUCUUGACGCUCAGCUACGCCUACGCCAUGGAUUUCUUCACGGCCUACCAAUUUGGCAGGAAACUGAGUAGUAAUUUCCUGCAAGAUGUCGAUACGCGGACAUGGUAUCUGGGGCAUUUUUUCGCUUCGCGUCCGUAUUUAUAUUGGAUUACCGAGCAACCACAACUCGCCGCCUUUCUCGGGAUCUUGGGCGUGAACCUAGUGCCGAGAGCGUGCAAGACUUCUAUUUCCGCGCUGGAAACCUGGAAUAUUUUGCGGUGUGAGGAGGUGGAGAGAUUACUUGCACAAGAGGAAGUCUUCGAGGCUGGGGAUACACCAAGUGUGUAUUCCCACCUUCGACGCGCAUUCCAAAAAGUUGAUCCUGAGAACGUGGUCGGACGAGAAGAAGAGAAACAGCAUCCUCAUGAUGCGAGGAAACUAGAUCUCGCAAGUGAAAUGUUCGAUCACCAAGCCGCUGCCAUCGAAACAGCCGGUAUCACAUUAGCAUACGUGUACUACGAGCUUUCCCAGCGUCCCGACCUGCAAGCCUCCCUCCGCGCCGAACUCCUCUCCUUAUCCCCUCCCCUCCUCUACCCCCACGACCUCACCAACCCUAUCUCUUCCCCACAUCCAAAAAGCGUCGAUGCCCUCCCCAUCCUGGACGCCAUACUGCAGGAGACGCUGAGGCGGUGGCCCGUCGUUGCGGGGGGUCAGCGAAGAGUCACGCCGAAGAUGGGUACACAUACACUUGCGGGAUAUACGGGGAUACCUGGAGGUGUAAAAGUCCAGUCCAGUGCUGGGGUUUUACAAAUGAAUCCCGCUGUGUUUCCUGAACCGGGUUCGUGGAGGCCGGAGAGGUGGAUGGGGGGUGAUGAGGCGCGGUUGGGGGAGAUGAAGAGGUGGUUUUGGGCGUGGAGUAGUGGGGGGAGGAUGUGUAUUGGGAGGCAUUUUGCUACGUUGUGUGAGUUGCUACUUAUAUCUUUCUCACGCCACCUUUCCGCUCUUCCCUGGUAUGAGAAGGACUGUGAAGCAAGAGUUUACCUACCUAUAAUUGAGAAGAAACGAGACUAAUAACUAGCACUUAGUAAUGAAACAUGCAAUCGCAGCUAUCUACACGAAUUACACGAGUUCUAUUAUCGAUGCGGAGGGCAUCGAACAAGGUGAGGGAUUUAGCGCGGGUCCGAAGGGGAACAAAGUUGUCUUGCAAUUUGUACAUGUUUGAUGUAGCAAUAUAUAGGUUGAGAACUUUAUAAGUACUGUAACAAGCUUGUCAGAAUUGGUCUAAUGUAAUUGGACUGUAAUAUAAAACGUAAAUAGAG